AUGGCAAUCCCACCUAAAUCUGAUAAUAAAAACCUAGAUGAAGAUUUAUCUAGUUCUAGAUUAACAAGAUACAAUAAUAUACAAUCAGAAGUUAAGUCAUACCUUUAUGAUAUCUUAUCACCAAAAUACCCAGAUUUAUUCAAUCAUAAAUUUUCAACCAAUUCACAAUCAUAUGAAUCUAUAGAUUUAUGUGAAUUAUUAAAAGAUGGAGAAAUACUAUGUAAAUUAGGUCAAUUGAUUCCAAUAUCAAAUAAUCCAACUUUAAAAUUCAAAAAUUCAAAAAUGGCAUUUAUGCAAAUGGAAAAUAUCAGUUUUUAUUUAAAAUUAUGUGAAUUAAUUAAAUUACCUCAUGAUGAAAUCUUUCAAACUGUUGAUUUAUUUGAAAAUAAAGAUCCUUAUCAAAUUUGUAUUACUUUAAUGUCAUUUUCUAGAAUAGCUCAUGAUUUAGAUAAUAAAGUAUUUUUUAAAGUAAUUGGUCCAAAAAUAGUUAAAGUUAAACCAACAGUACCUACAAAACCAUAUAAAUUAAGAUCAUAA